AUGUCUGGAGAGAUACCAUCUGCUAUAGGAAACAUCACUCGCUUUCGUUUCUCUACGUUGGCUGAGAAACAGAAAAAGAACCAGCAGGCCAAUUCUGAAGCUCCUUCUACUUUGGAGGUCUUACAUGAGAGGAUAAGUUAUGGAGAUCUUCGAAAUGCAACAGAUGGCUUCUCUUCGAGCAAUUUGAUUGGAACAGGCAGUUUUGGUACUGUGUUUAAAGCAUUACUACCAGCGGAGAAUAAGGUGGUUGCAGUGAAAGUUCUAAACAUGCAGAGACGUGGAGCCAUGAGGAGCUUUAUGGCAGAAUGUGAAUCCUUGAAGGACAUAAGGCAUCGUAAUCUUGUGAAGCUAUUGACGGCUUGCUCGAGUACUGAUUUCCAAGGAAAUGAAUUCAGAGCUCUCAUCUACGAGUUCAUGCCUAAUGGAAGCUUGGAUGUUUGGCUUCACCCGGAGGAAGUUGAAGAGAUUCAUAGGCCUUCAAGAACUUUAACUCUUUUUGAAAGACUCAACAUUGCAAUAGAUGUGGCUUCUGUCCUGGACUAUCUGCAUGUUCAUUGUCAUGAUCCUAUAGCUCAUUGCGAUCUUAAGCCAAGCAACGUCCUCUUAGACGAUGACCUAACUGCCCAUGUUAGCGACUUUGGUCUGGCUCGGCUUCUCCUCAAAUUCGACAAAGAGUCUUCCUCAACCAACUAA